AGGAAUUCAGGUUCAGAAAAUGUUUCAGAGGUAUUCCACGCUGAGAUGAUAUCUGUGUGUGCGAGUUUCGCGCGUUUGAAGCGAUGAGCGGUUCGAAAAAUUUGGAGAGUGCCUCGCCAGGAAACGAUAUUGCGUCGCACCGUCAUUUAAGCGAGCCAGCUGGUCAUCGUAGAAAUCGACGUCGUCGUAGGACGGAAGGCGAAGGGUGUACGUUACACCUCAACGUCGAAUGGGAUCCUGUGGAAAAAGCGCUUCGUCGUCGCGUUCUUCGUCCGUUCAUUAAACCUUGUGAUAUACUUGUUACCGACUUGACGGACUUUCCAACACAAUUGAAUCGAGCAGUUGAGGCGCUUUCUGCACACGUACCGGAGCUGAAUGUGUUCGGAAUCGGCUUAGGGAUUAGUCGAGCAAUUAACUUGAGUCUACAAGUUGCGGAUCUUUUCAAGACUCAGUACACUGUUAUGUUUCGUGCUAAGUAG